UUGAAAGCCAUUGCUCUGCUUGUGUCCUGCCUGUGUCUCUGCUGGGGUUGUCCCUGUUGGCAGUCUGAGCCAGUGCUUUCUGACAGGUCUCUCCUGGUUGAACGCACAGCAAUGUGACGACAGGCAGGGAUCUGGAGUGAUUCUAACCCAGUCAAACCGCACCGGCUUCCUCUUUUCCUACUCGUCCUGUGUGAGAGUGCUGCGGGGCGUAGUUGCAGUGAAAGUUACUGGAAUAAAAAACCUUGGCUCCACUUGCUAUAUGAACACUUUGAUCCAGUCCUUAUUUGUGACCCCUGUGUUCAGGAUAAAAAUCAACGAAUGUCAAAAUGUGGAUGAAAGCAUUGCGUCUGAUCUGCAGGACAUUUUCAUCAGAUUGGAGCAAGGAGUGCACUCAGUUGAACCCUACAGAUUGGCCAGGAGUCUAGAUCAGAUGCACUGGGCUGUAAACAGACAGCAGGACAUUGAAGAAUUCUUCCACAUGGUAAUAAAUGCUAUUGAUGACAAGGAAAUCAGAAAGGUGUAUGAAAUGGGGAUCGUCAACUCUCUCUCAUGUACUGGGUGCAAACACGAGAUGAUUAAAGAAACAGCUAAUCUGGACAUUUCCCUGACCCUGAAAGCCAGUCCUAAUGAAUACUUCAAGCACCUGGAGGAGGCUCUGAGGCACUUUGUGAAAAACGAGACUAUGCAAGGGGAUGACAAGCCCUUCUGCAGGAGCUGCAAGACGAAACAAGUCAUGAUCAGGAAAACCUCCUUCUCCACACUACCUCCGGUCCUGGUGAUUCACCUGAACAGGUUCACCCACGACUCCUGGAAGCACGAGAACAUGAAGCUGGAGCAACCCCUCCUCAUCCCAGAGACGCUGACAUUUAAAAAGGAAUCAGAAGUCUAUGUUCCAGUGUGCAACAGUUCAGAGGAAUUUGACGAGGUCUGGGAUCCUUACACCACGGAGAGUUCUGAGGCUUCUCAUUGGAUACACAGUGCAGAGCCCAGCAGUAUACCCGUGGACUGUGUGCACUAUGAACUCUUCUCUAUCUCUGUGCAUGCUGGGAACCUGGACUGUGGGCACUAUUAUGCUUUCAUCAAACACCACGAGGACAGGCAGUGGUACAUCUGUGAUGACACAUCCAUCCGCAAGACACACUGGAAUUAUAUUCAAGAGAAGCUGAGGAUGAAUGAUUUGAGAUGGCUCGAUGCUCACUCAGUGACAGGCAGGAGCCGGAGCUACAGCAGGGACCACAGCUGGAGUCAAAGCUGGAGCCACAGGCAAGUGAGGACAAGCGGCUGCAGCACUGCAAUCCUAUUGAUGUAUGAGGUGAUGCAAUGAGAGUGAAAGGGAUACUGAAACUACACUGUUACAGGAGUCUGCUUGUUUAAUAUACCGGAUCCUUCACUGGAAUAUAUGAACAAGUCUGUGUAUAAUCUCCUUGUUGAUGUAUGAGGUGCUGCAAUGAGAGUGAAAGGGAUACUGAAACUACACUGUUACAGGAGUCUGCUUGUUUAAUAUACCGGAUCAUUCACUGGAAUAUAUGAACAAGUCUGUGUAUAAUCUCCCCGUUGAUGUAUGAGGUGAUGCAAUGAGAGUGAAAGGGAUACUGAAACUACACUGUUACAGGAGUCUGCUUGUUUAAUAUACCGGAUCAUUCACUGGAAUAUAUGAACAAGUCUGUGUAUAAUCUCCCCGUUGAUGUAUGAGGUGAUGCAAUGAGAGUGAAAGGGAUACUGAAACUACACUGUUACAGGAGUCUGCUUGUUUAAUAUACCGGAUCCUUCACUGGAAUAUAUGAACAAGUCUGUGUAUAAUCUCCCCGUUGAUGUAUGAGGUGAUGCAAUGAGAGUGAAAGGGAUACUGAAACUACACUGUUACAGGAGUCUGCUUGUUUAAUAUACCGGAUCAUUCACUGGAAUAUAUGAACAAGUCUGUGUAUAAUCUCCCCGUUGAUGUAUGAGGUGAUGCAAUGAGAGUGAAAGGGAUACUGAAACUACACUGUUACAGGAGUCUGCUUGUUUAAUAUACCGGAUCCUUCACUGGAAUAUAUGAACAAGUCUGUGUAUAAUCUCCCCGUUGAUGUAUGGGGUGAUGCAAUGAGAGUGAAAGGGAUACUGAAACUACACUGUUACAGGAGUCUGCUUGUUUAAUAUACCGGAUCCUUCACUGGAAUAUAUGAACAAGUCUGUGUAUAAUCUCCCCGUUGAUGUAUGGGGUGAUGCAAUGAGAGUGAAAGGGAUACUGAAACUACACUGUUACAGGAGUCUGCUUGUUUAAUAUACCGGAUCAUUUACUGGAAUAUAUGAACAAGUCUGUGUAUAAUCUCCUUGUUGAUGUAUGGGGUGAUGCAAUGAGAGUGAAAGGGAUACUGAAACUACACUGUUACAGGAGUCUGCUUGUUUAAUAUACCGGAUCCUUCACUGGAAUAUAUGAACAAGUCUGUGUAUAAUCUCCUUGUUGAUGUAUGAGGUGAUGCAAUGAGAGUGAAAGGGAUACUGAAACUACACUGUUACAGGAGUCUGCUUGUUUAAUAUACCGGAUCAUUCACUGGAAUAUAUGAACAAGUCUGUGUAUAAUCUCCCCGUUGAUGUAUGAGGUGAUGCAAUGAGAGUGAAAGGGAUACUGAAACUACACUGUUACAGGAGUCUGCUUGUUUAAUAUACCGGAUCCUUCACUGGAAUAUAUGAACAAGUCUGUGUAUAAUCUCCUUGUUGAUGUAUGAGGUGCUGCAAUGAGAGUGAAAGGGAUACUGAAACUACACUGUUACAGGAGUCUGCUUGUUUAAUAUACCGGAUCAUUCACUGGAAUAUAUGAACAAGUCUGUGUAUAAUCUCCUUGUUGAUGUAUGAGGUGAUGCAAUGAGAGUGAAAGGGAUACUGAAACUACACUGUUACAGGAGUCUGCUUGUUUAAUAUACCGGAUCAUUCACUGGAAUAUAUGAACAAGUCUGUGUAUAAUCUCCCCGUUGAUGUAUGGGGUGAUGCAAUGAGAGUGAAAGGGAUACUGAAACUACACUGUUACAGGAGUCUGCUUGUUUAAUAUACCGGAUCAUUCACUGGAAUAUAUGAACAAGUCUGUGUAUAAUCUCCCCGUUGAUGUAUGAGGUGAUGCAAUGAGAGUGAAAGGGAUACUGAAACUACACUGUUACAGGAGUCUGCUUGUUUAAUAUACCGGAUCAUUCACUGGAAUAUAUGAACAAGUCUGUGUAUAAUCUCCCCGUUGAUGUAUGGGGUGAUGCAAUGAGAGUGAAAGGGAUACUGAAACUACACUGUUACAGGAGUCUGCUUGUUUAAUAUACCGGAUCCUUCACUGGAAUAUCUGCAGAAAAACACAAAGACAAUCCACUACAAAACAAUAAAACAAAUAAUUAGGAAAACUCCUGAAGAGGGAGAGAGGGUGCAGCAGUGUUGGCCUGUCCCAUAAAUCCUGUGUUUCGCUGUUUCUCUUUGAGGGAACACACUCAACAGUACUGACCAAAUCUAGCUCUAGGUGAGAAGUCUGCCUGUUAUUAUUUCAUUAUAAGACUGCAAUAAAUACAUUUUCACAAU